AUGGCCUCUCCAUCAAAAGCUGACAAAAAGUACUCCAUCAAUUUUGACAAUUAUUCGUUCGACGACGUCAGCAGUAUAUCUCUCUUUUUAACCGCUGAUUCAACUACAGAACACAAUUUGCACUCGCGAUCAAAUUCCACUGCUUCCACUGCUUCCACUGUUUCCAAAGAUAAAAAUCAAUUCUACCAAUCCGGUAGCAACCUCCAUAACUUGUGUUUUGAUCAAUCUUCCCAAAGAAGCUGCCUUCAAUUGAGCUUGAACACUGUCCAGCUCUUCAAUGAUCAACUAUUCCUCAAUGAUGGAAACGAGUCUAGUCUAGAAGACGAGGACGAGGACGAGGACGAAGUUCAAAUUCAAAUUGACGCCAACUACAACACCGAUUCCUAUACUAUCAUCGAAACUGAUAAUGAAGAUGGUGAUGAUGACGAUGACGAUGAUGAUAAUGAUGAUUCGGAUACUGAUUCUGAUGCAGACUCUGAGUCAGACUCUGAUGACCAAUCCACUAUCAACUCUCAUUCCUUACAUGAAUCAAACUCCAUAGCAUCCGAAACAACUGUCACCUCUGCUUCAUCUGCUUCUUCUAUCGCUUCAAAAGGCUCUUACACUGACGACGAAUUCGAUGAGAUUAUGAGCGUUCUCACUCAAAGACAAAAUAUCUUUGAAAUUAUAUCUCAAUUUCGUGAAAAAAGUAUGAUUAGCAUCAACAAAAUUACCAGUAAAAACACUGAUAGCAUUGAUAACACUGAUAACACCAAUAACACUGAUAGCGCUGAUAGCGCUGAUAGCGCUGAUAAAGCUGAUAAAGCUGAUGAUAAAUCUCUCUCUACAAAUAUUGAUUUAAUCUUUACAAAAGAAUAUAUGCAGAAUUUACAUAAACAACAAUACUUCAACUACAUUGUGCAAAAUCCUCAAGCUAACCAUCUCCCAAAGAGAAGACUCUCUAUAAAAAAGAUUUUUUCAAAAAUCAUCAUCCUAUUGAAAUUCAAAAAGCAAAGGAAAUCAAUAAAUAAUCUAAUAAUCACUGUCUAA